AUGUCUAAAGACGAGUCAAACCAAGGCAUAGAAGCCUGUCCAGUCGAUCAUGCAACACGUUCAGCAUGGCUAAAAAACAAUUCCACUAAACCACCUUUCCCAGGCGCAACCCCUCCAUCAAAACCAGGUCCAAGUUGUGAUUCUUCAACCGUUGAUCAAACCACUCCUCCUACACAUACACCUUCAAGUUUUCUCUCGCGAUUGUUCUUCUGGGACAAUUCUUCACCUACACCCUCUCAACCACCAUCAACUCCCAAAUCCGCAACUUCUCCGCCCCGCCUGGGACUCGACCGUGAAAUCUCCACGAUUCCUCGCGCAUCUCCUACUCCAAAUGAUCCCCCCGCGUCCUCAUCUCCUUCAACCUCUCAUCCCGCGAACUCCGAAUCUGAAUCCGGUGUUUCUGCAUCCGGAAACUGGAUCUAUCCUAGUGAAAAAAUGUUUUUUGAAGCCAUGAAACGCAAAGGCCAUCAAUCGGACGCCGCAGAUAUGAAAACUAUUGUGCCGAUUCAUAAUGCUGUGAAUGAGAGGGCAUGGAAAGAAAUUCGAGAGUGGGAGGCGGGAUGGGGAAGCGAGAAAUGUGGUGGACCUCGUCUUCAUUCUUUCCUCGGACUUUCGCAAACCCUUUCGCCUAAAGCUCGAUUCAAUACAAUUCUUGGAUAUACCGCUCCCUUUGACCGUCACGAUUGGGUUGUUGAUCGAUGCGGUAAGAGAGUUGAUUACAUCAUAGACUUUUACGCAGGCAAAGCUUCACCUGAUGGAAGUGGAAAACUCAAUUUCUUCUUAGACGUUCGACCAAAGUUGAACACCCUAGAGGGAUGGAAGAUGAGAGCUUGGAAGGUAUUUAACUAG